GCAAAUACAAAAUUGAGAAAUAAUUAUUUGUCUGUCUACCGAACAAGAAAAAUAUUUUUCAUUCCAAUUAAAUUUGAUUUUCUUCAUAAAUUAACUAAAAAUUUAAUCGAAAUCAUUCAUUUAAAUGAUGACACUACUCUGCCGACCAUAAAAUCUCCAAAACAGUUUUGAAAAAAGAUUUUCAGAUCUCUUAUCUUUCUGUGGCAUCGCAGUUCAGCAAAAUACAAGAAAAUGGCAAUUUUGGAAUGGAAAAAGUUCGAUUUCUUUAAUUUAGUUCCAAAUGCUGAUAAGGAAAAGGUCUUCGAAACAAUAAGGGACUCGGAAAUCACAUCCUGUACCAGUUGCACAAGUCAGAAAAUUAUUUGUGACUCAUUGGGAGUGGUGCAUGUCUUCUAUCGCAGCUGGGACCCGAUUUCAUUUCAAGGACACAAUGCCCCGAUAAUUCUCUGUUCGAUAGCACCGCAGAGCAAUCUUCUGGUGACAAUCUCAAAUCGAGAUUUCUCCGAUCCGCCCCUCGUCAAGGUCUGGGAUCUAUCGAAGGCAACGAAACGGGGCGGUGCCCCGUGUUUGGGAAGUGCCAAGGCACUUCUACAAAAACCAAGCGCCCUCGGAGUGGCUCAGGGAAUUGGGAAUCAGUUGUUUAUUGCCAUUGGCUAUGAACGUGGAGAGAUAUCCCUUUACCGGGGAACCGUGAGCAGGGAUUUCUCGGGUGGAUUUAAGAGCUUCACUGUCGGCACAAAGUCCAUCACUGGAAUCUCCUUCAAGCAACAUGGCAAACUGACAGAUAUGUUUGUUUGUUCGGAUUCUGGAGUUUUCGUCUAUACUCUGUCGGAGAACGAGAAGGAAGUUAAGCAUAUUCUGGAUCCCUCGAAUGUGCCGACACGGUGCUGCGCACUCCAGACCAAAGCCCCCAAUGAAACCUAUUUCAUGACGGGCAAGGAUGAUGCGGUCUAUUGUUAUACGAGUGACGGGCGUGGUCCGUGCUAUGCUCUCGAGGGACAGAAGCAUUUCAUCCAAUGGUUCCCUAACUAUUUGGUCAUCAUCAUGAAGGCCACCAAGAGCUCGUUGCAGCAGCAGAAGGAGUUUGUCCUGAUUGUCAUCGAUAUACAGAACAAGUUCAUAGUUUUCCAAACUCCCAUCGAUCCAGUUGUGGCCAUUCUCAAUGAGUUCGGGAACUGUUUCAUCGUCACGAAGGCCAAGCAGGUGUUCCAUCUGCGUGAGAAGGACAUCCAGAGCAAGUUGAACAUGCUCUUCAAGAAGAACCUCUACGACAUCGCUUUGCGGAUCGCCAAGGACCUCCAAUUUGACGAGGAGGGCCUGGCUUCGAUCUACAAGCAAUACGCUGACCAUUUGUACAUCAAGGGCGACUAUGCAAGGGCUGUGGAGCGAUAUAUCAAGACAAUCGGAUACAUUGAGCCCUCGUAUGUGAUCAUGAAAUUUCUGGACUCGAGGCACAUCAAGUACCUCGCCGACUACCUGCAUGCGUUGUACAAGCAGAAUCAAGCGUCGCAACAGCACAAGACGCUUCUGAUGAACUGUCGCACUAGAUUGGAUCUUCCCCAAAAGCUGGACGAGUUCCUGUUUAACGAGGAAGAGGACUCCAAUGAAAUGAUAUUCGACAUAAAUGCAGCGAUCCGGAAUCAAUCGGCAGCCACAAUUGGUUUCCAGGACAGAGAGGAGCUAAAGGAGGAAUACAACAUUAGUGUGCUGCUCAAAAAGAUCCAAGACACCAGCGAGAUGACCAGUAUGCUAGCCAAACUAAGCGAAGACGAUGUGUAUACGUUUUUCAAGAAGUUCGGCUUGAUUCUGAUGCAGCAAGCUCCCGAGGAGACUACCAGAUUGUUGAAGCGCAUUUGUCGUGAGCAGGAGAUGUCGAAUUUUAUUGAAGACCAUGUCAAUGAGGUUCUGAUUAGGUUCUCUCCGGACCAAUUCAUUCCUUUGUUCGAUGGCAAGUGGGAGUUGUUGCUAGGGUUCCUGGAGAGCUGUGUGGAAGGCGCUUCGACCGAGUUUCAUGAAACCGUCUACAACACGUUGGUGGAAUUGAACUUGAGGAAGUGGCAGAACAGUAUGCUUACUGAUAGUCAACUGUUGGAUAUCUUGAAAUUACAUCGAUCCAAAUACAACAAGGAGCAAGUUCUGGUGUUGUGUCGCAUGGCUCAGUUCUGGGCGGGAAUUCUCUACCUCUACGAGGAGGACCAGUUGUAUAAUCUGACGAUCCAUUACUACGUCAAGAACAAGGACUACAAUAGCCUCUUAAACUGCUGUAAGAGUUUAGGUCGGUUCCAGCCGCAACUCUGGAUUCAAGCUUUGAAUGAAUUGCGCAAUGAUCCCGAGGUCCCGAUGAAUGUCCUCUUGCAGAUCCUGAAUGUGAUCACAACGGAGAAAUUGCAGUCACCGUUGCAGAUCCUCCAGUGUCUAGCUGUAGAGCGUGGGCCGAAUAUAUCUCACGUCAAAGACUACUACACCCAGGCAUUCAUCAAGGAGACAACAGCUAUCUAUCAGGAAGAGAAGGAUGUGGACAAUCUGCAAGCGGAUUUGAAGUCGUUGCAGGAGUUGCUCAAGAAUUUUCAAACCAACCCGAUUGAAUUCCGCAACACCGUCUGCGAUGCCUGCACUCAACCACUCUCCCUGCCGGCUGUAUAUUUCCUAUGCCAGCACUCCUUCCAUCAGGAUUGUGUGAUGACCUAUUCAGAGAACGAAAAAGACUGCAGUAUUUGUAGUGUGAAGAACCAACAGAUGGCCGAGAGGCUGCGCACCCAACAGGAGUCCACAGGCCAGCACGAGAAUUUCCAUCGGAUCUUGAACCAAUCCAAUGACAUGCUCUACGUUUUGUCCAGUUAUUUCGGUCGAGGAUUACUGAACCAAAUUGUGAUUGUCGACGAACAGAAAGCAUCCGAUGAAAAUCAACUGAACCAGAAUACUGUGGGGUACAAUUGGAGUGCGAAGCACAAAGACGGAGAUGGUCCAAUUCCAGUGGAACACGUAAAUAACUACAAAUGGAGUGGUCGAAUAACGAAUCAGGAUAGAGAGCAAACAGAAAAGCAACACCCGAUGCCGAAGAAGUUCACUCCAAUGGUCAAUCAAUACGACGAUUCGAAGAAUCCCUUCAAAGUGGAUGACACAAAUCCGUUCGCUUCGGAUGAUGAUGUUGAUGCUGUCGGGGGAAGUAGUAGCAGGCAAAGUGGGAAACGAAGCGAAACAUACGACAAGAAUUUGAAUCCAUUUGGUGAUGAUGAUGAUUGAAGUGACAAAAGAUCUUUAAGAUAAUUAUUUGUAUGAAUAUUGUACUCGUUAGUCAUGUAAGUUAGUCAUAUAUGAAAGUUUGGUAAAAUAAUUACAUACCACACAUGAAGAAUAACGCAAAUAAAAGAAGAAUUAAAUUAAUU